CUGUCCAGGGGGAGGCGGGCGGAGGGAAGGCGCUGCCGUCGCCUCGCCUGCGGCGACACAGACGCCGAGAGCAGCUGAGGCGAGUGACUUCUUCUGACCUGAAGCUUCAAGUGCUUUGAGAGAUCUACUACCAGAUCAUCUCAACUUCAGUCUCUUGGAACGACUCACUGGUGACAGUCAAAAGGCCACAGAACCACUGGUGAUAAAAUCUGCCGCUGAUAAAAUCCGCCACGAUACUGUGGGAGGCUCCGAGUCCUGAGGCUACACGUGGCUGCGUACUCUGAAUUCUUGCUGCCAGGAUGGGAAAACAGAACAGCAAGUUGCGCCCAGAGGUCAUGCAGGACUUGCUGGAAAGCACAGACUUUACUGAACAUGAGAUCCAGGAAUGGUAUAAAGGCUUCUUGAGAGACUGCCCCAGCGGACAUUUGUCAAUGGAAGAGUUUAAGAAAAUUUACGGGAACUUUUUCCCUUACGGGGAUGCUUCCAAAUUUGCAGAGCACGUCUUCCGUACCUUCGAUGCCAAUGGCGAUGGGACGAUAGACUUUAGAGAAUUCAUCAUAGCCCUGAGUGUGACGUCGAGGGGCAAGCUGGAGCAGAAGCUGAAAUGGGCUUUCAGCAUGUAUGACCUGGAUGGAAACGGCUACAUCAGCAAGGCAGAAAUGCUAGAGAUUGUGCAGGCGAUCUACAAGAUGGUGUCCUCUGUAAUGAAAAUGCCCGAAGAUGAGUCAACCCCAGAGAAAAGGACAGAAAAGAUCUUCCGCCAGAUGGACACCAACAGAGAUGGAAAACUCUCCCUGGAGGAGUUCAUCCGAGGGGCCAAGAGCGACCCGUCCAUCGUGCGCCUCCUGCAGUGCGACCCCAGCAGCGCCGGCCAGUUCUGAGCCUGCCCCCCACGAAUCGCACAGCUGCUUGUGUUCCCUUUUGAUUUUUCUUUUUUAACCUUUUUUUUUUUUUUUGGCCAAAUAUCGACGGUGAUGCUGUUCCCUGUGCAGUCAGAUGCACCUUCCUCGUGACGCCUUCAGCUUCUUUUGUGGUGGACGCUUCCUGGGCAUGCCCAGAACCCCAACGCUUGUGGAGAGCAUGUGCGUCCUGCACAGACUUUGUGGUGUUCGUUGUUCUGACGAUUUUCAAUCGUUAUUAUUAUUUUUCUCUUGAUUCUAAUGUCUCUGUUCUAACACCGAAGACUCGGAGCGGCAGAAGGAGGGGAACCAAUCUGGUGCCAGGACGGGCCGGCAGGCUUUGAGGGGCUUGUUGGAAAAACAAACCUCCCCCCUGGGUCUGUCCUCACACAUGCCUGAGGGGCAAUGACGCCGGAUAUGGGAUUCCCAAAGUAAGAAUAGAGAACCUCCUGGGGCCAGGCUAUUACAGGGACCUGAGGAAUUCCCCCCUCGCAGGCCUGCCCUAUCCCGGCCCCAGCAGGCUGUAGUUUUUAAGCUGUGAACAUUUCAAGGUAAAUUAAUAGCAACGAGGAAAAGAUGGCUCAGCUCUUUCUUCACAGGUUUACACUAGUUGAGCUAAGAUGAGUUUGCUUGGAAAUUAAUCACAAAUGGUAACAUAUUCCAAGGCCAGGUCCAUCUUGUUGCCUCUUGUGAUUUAAAAAAAAAAAAAGGAAAGAAAAGAAUGUUGUAUAUAAAAUAUUGGGUAUUGCAGACCAAAUUAAGUGUUUUGCCUUGUUUAAAUAAAAUGCAUGUUUAGUGAGCACUAAUCCAAA